GGCAGAGAGGGGUGGGACGAGCAUCACGAGCUUCCACCCGACGGGCUGGAAGCUCUGUGGAGCAACAGAUAGCAGAGAGGGAGGCAGAAGAAGAAGGGAGAGAAGUCUGCUCUCUCUCUUAAUCCCUCCAUCUCUACAACAUCUCUCCUCCUCUCCUCCUCCUCCCACCUUACGCAGGGAGCCCUAAGUUUGAGGUUUUUCUUCCCUCCUCCUUCUUGCUGCGCACACUGCGUUUUCUUUGCACUGCUGAUUGUAAAACACGAGAAACGGAGACUGAGCGGCACGGCACGCUAGAGGCACCUUACGGGAAACAGAAAUGCGGAGAUUGCUCCCCUCGUCAGUUUUAUCCUUGCACCACCACCCUGGACUCGCAGGUUCAACUACAUCUUCGUGUUGACACGAGCUCAGGCGUGCAUGGUUCCGUGCGGCGCACAGAUGGAGCUGUGCGCUCCGAGUGUGAGUGAGAGCUCAGCAGAACGAGUGGCAGCGUUCUUACUGGACCAAAUGUGAAGAUAAAAAGUUCAAAUCAACAUGUGACGGGUUAUCACUUCAAAGGAAUUACAAAAGCGGCAAAGAGUGCUUUAGCUGAGUGACCCCUUUAGUUAUUUCCCCCCCUAUUUUUCUUCGUCAGCGUGCAUCCAGGAUGGAUCCCGUUUGGCUUCUCCUCCUGCUGCCAUCCGUCCUCAGAGCGCAGGUGGCUUCAGAUUUCCCAUCAGGCGUCACAGUGGAGACGGCCAACAGCACUGACUCAUUGACAAACAAUACAAGAACUUCAGAAAACUCCACCAGCCCCUCCACUUCCUCCAUUGCUGCAGAGGCUUCGGGGUUUGCCCCUUCAGAAGCUCCCAUAGAAAAAGAGGAUGACUGGUCACCGGCAGAGACAUUUCUGUACACCGGAGACCCCUCGACUCUGGUAGUGGGCCGCUGUUCACGGGCGUAUAGCACCCGUGGGCAGAUGGGACCCCUGCCCCUCAGCUUCACCGCCCCCCUCAGGCCAGCUAUGGAUGCACUAGCCAACACUGCCAACUUUCUUAACAUGAUCUUCCAAGCUAGUGACCUGCAUGAGAGCACGGUGCAAGAGGAUAUGGAGUGGUACCAUGCCCUGGUCCGUGCCCUUCUAGAGGCUGAUGUGCUCAUCCGGCGGGCCCUGUUUACGUUUGAUGCUGACCCAACUGCCCAGGUGCCGCAGCUAGUGCUCCAUGCAACUCGCACCCAAAUGGCUAAGGUGCAGACAAUCAUCCUCCAGGAUUUAUCCAAGGCAUGGGAGAGCCUGCACCCACCUGCCCCUGCCCCUGAUGACAGCUGGUUCAGAAAACUGAAAUUCCCAGAGUCCAGCCAGCCAAUUACAGCCCUGUCCAAACGAGUGCUCCUCAAUGACCUCAACACCUUGGACACACCUAAGUGGGGGCAGGGUGACAGCUAUGUGACCAAUCGCAGUGGGGUACGCUGGGAUAGUGCUCCUUUUCUGGACUGUAUGGAUGAACGCUUUGUGCCUGGCUGGAUGCUCACUCUCUCCACCUCCUUCUAUGGCCUCAAGCCCGACCUGACACCAGAAUUCAGAGGUGUGAUCCGUGUGGAUGUCAACAUUCAGGACAUUGACUUGGACCAGUGUGCAACAGGGGAAGGCUGGUUUGCUGAUACUCACCAGUGCAACCGCACCACCAUGGAGUGUAUUACGAUUCCAGGCCGGGGUUUUCGAUUGGGUCAAUACUGCUGUCGCUGUAAAGAAGGAUACUACAGCCCUGAUGUAUCGCCUCAGGACUCAGAUGGAGCCCCUGUGAAUGAGAGUGACAGCAAUGGUAUGUGUUACCCGAACAUGCCCAUCUGUCUCCCCUGCUGGCCGGGCUGUAAGAGCUGCCAGGACGGUACCCCAUGCUGGGUGCAGGAGGACUGGCUUCUUAGGUCUGGUGUGCUCGCCAUCCAGGGGGUCUUCAUGCUCCUCAUUUUCAUCAGCAUGCUGGUGGCCUACCGGCAUCGUCGCAACCGGCGGAUCCGGGCUUCUGGCCUGCUGCUGCUGGAGACGAUCUUGUUCGGCUCCCUGCUCCUCUACUUCCCGGUCUUCAUCAUGUACUUCAGGCCAAGCACCUUCAGGUGCAUCCUGCUCCGCUGGGUGCGAAUGCUUGGUUUCUCCAUUGUCUACGGCACAGUCACACUAAAGAUGUACAGAGUACUGAAGGUGUUCCUGUCACGCACAGCCCAGAGAAUGCCCUACAUGUCCAGCCUCCACUUACUGAGAAUUCUGGGAGUGAUGCUGAUGACAGUCAGCUGGUUCCUGUGUGCAUGGACGGUGGGUGUUAUGCAGAAUCGUGACAGAAACAUUCCAGUCUUCAUCACAACCAACACACCUGAUGGACAGGGCUUCAACAUGUGUUACCUUGACCGUUGGGACUACAUGAUGGCUGUAGCUGAGCUUCUGUUCCUGUGCUGGGGGAGUUCACUGUGGACUGCUGUAAGGCCAGUACCCUCAGCUUUCCAUGAACCUCGUUACAUGGGCAUCGCCAUCCACAAUGAGCUGCUUCUCUCCUCUCUGUUCCACCUGUUCCGAUUUACCUUUCCGUCUCUUCAUCCUGAUUGGAUGCUGCUGCUCUCCUUCAUACACACCCAUGUCACCAUCACUGUGACACUCGCCCUGCUCUUUGUUCCCAAGUUCCUUUAUGUAUCCAAACCUGGGAGAGAGGAGAUUGCAGCAGAGGUGUAUGAAGAUGAAGUUGACCUGCGGCGCUCUGGCUCCUACCUCAACAGCAGUUUUCACUCUGCAUGGAGUGAGCACAGUGUGGACCCUGAUGACUUUCGGGAUGAACUGAAGAAAUUAUAUGCCCAGUUAGAAGUCCACAAGACAAAGAAGAUGGCUGCAAACAACCCUCAUCUACCUAAAAAACGAAGCUCUCGAUGUGCACUGGGGAGAUCCCUUAUAAAACGCAUAGCUGAAAUCCCAGAAACGAUGAGCCGCCAGUGCAGCCGUGAGGAGAAAGAUGGAUCCUUCCGCAGUAGAAGUGGGAAUCAUUCUGACUCUUUUAGAAGGUCUACAGAGACGGUCAGUAUCAGUUACAGAAGUUCAAUGAAGUCAGCAUCUCUAUCACCAUCACCAUCCAUGCGGAAGUCGCAAAGUGAUCAUCACUAUGUCAGGGAACGAGACUCUUUGCACACCUCCACAUUAAGGGCCAAUACUGUGAAGAGAUCCUCACAGCGAUCUGAGACAGACUCCUUGGAUAUACCACCAGGGGUCUGUAAGUCAGCCAGUGCCCAGAAUCUGACGAUUGAUACCAAUCUCUUGCAUCCUGAUCACAACAGACUUCAUAAAUCUUGGAGCCUAACCUCAGCUACCAGCCAUUCUAUGGAGAAUAUACCCAAGGUUAACAGAGCCAACACAGUGAGGUCGAGGCCAAGCCUUUCUAUAAGUGACCAGACCAGGAGUGCUCUCAAAUCUGAGUCAUUUGACAAGGCUGAAAUCUGUCCUUGGGAGGUGGAGCCAGAACAGUCAAGUGACAAGAACCAGAAGCAUGUCACAUAUGCAAACUCUGGGGAUGAUGAGGAGCAAAGGCCACCAUCUCCACUUGCACUUAUCUGUCCUUGGGACCAUUUGCCACCUGUAGAAAAGAAGUCUUCUGUGGACAAAGGCCUACAAGGUGAAACCGAGUCCCCCAAGUCUACCGUGUCUACAAGUGCACCUGGUUCUCCAAGACCAAAGGUUGCAAAGGAUCAGCGUGUUUUCUCUUUCCGCACCACUACAACCGCUAAGUGGCUGACUGUGAAAACAUUGAUGGGAUCAAUUGAUGCAGCUAGCAGGUCCAGCAAGGAUGGAAGCUUAAAUAGAGAAGAUUCUGUUUCGCAAAAAAGUCAGGAAAGUGCUUCAACAACACCAAGGUCGGGAACAUCAAGACAUCCUAGCAUUGAAAAGAGGUCACUCCAGAAAAGAAGCAUGACAACAGCAGAUGGAAAACCAUGUCUUGUUAAGCAGAAUGCAGUCAGACUCUCUUCUGGGGAUUCCUCUGACAGAAGCCCACGAAGGCUUGUAAUUGUAAAAUCUUCCAUCCAUCCAUGUGAUUCAGAAGAUAUGCAAAAAGAUGGGACAUAUGAACAUGUGCUUUUGUCGAGGCAGAGUAGUAAACGUAGUAGUAUAAGUUCUAUAAGCAGCUCCAGAACCCCUUCAACUCACAGAAGAGGUAGUUAUCGAAUUACUCCAACCCGUAAUGUUCCUCAUACAGAUGUAUGUUCAUGGGAUAGUGCUAGUGGAGAGGGACCAAAGAAGCAGCAGAGCAUUAAAGCAGAUAUCUGCCCUUGGGAAUCACAGGUAUCUGAACGAUCUAACGUAUGUCCUUGGGAAUCUCAAGAGCAAGCAAACAUGAGAAGACGAGGAAGUGGUCAUGGAGAAAUGGGUCCUUUGGAAUCUCAGAAUAUUCCAGUUGUUUCUCACACUAUCCUUUCUAAAGAUUUACAGGCACAGCAACCUUCAAAAGGCAUAUUAAACAUAUGUCCCUGGGAGACUUCAGAGUCUCCCCAGCCUUCAGUAAUACAAAAUAAUGAAUACGCUAAUGUUUGUCCGUGGGAUGUGCAGGACAAGGUCGAAGGUGUAUACGAAAAUUUAAAUCCUUUAGAAAACAGGGGAACACUGACAGUGCCCCUUCAGCGAGAGGUCAUGAAAGCUGCAAUCUAUCCUGGUGCAUCAAGUAAUGAGCAACAUUACCAUGCAAUAUCACCUGCCUCAAACUGGGGUAAACACAUAAACAAAACAGCAGCAAGUUCUCCAUGGGAUUUCCCUGAUCCCCCGACAAUCAAGGAAAAUAUUUGCCCAUGGGAAGGCAGUAACACGGAGCAGACAAAUACAGAAUCAACUCCACAAAUGACAAUAAAGGUACAUAUUUGUCCCUGGGAAAGUGAACAAGACAAUCCAGAAAAUUUAGAAAUAGAUACCUCACUUUUGAAAGCUACUUCAGAACAUACUGAUGAAAAAGACAGCACAAGAGUUAAUGUAUGCCCCUGGGAUACAGCACUACCUGAAAAAACUGCAGCGACCAAAACAAUGUCUCAAGAACUUAAAAGGCCAGCAGAGGUUUGUCCAUGGGAAAUUGAGGAACCAGAAUCAGGAAAGCCAGAGAUCCCCAAAAUAUCAGAGAGCACCGCUCGAGCAAAUGUUUGUCCAUGGGAAACAGGUGAAGUAGGGCGAGUUAAAACUGAAACAUCAAACGCAUCUGAUAAACUACAAAGGAAGGGCACUUACCAGGAAAAUGUUUGUCCAAUGAAAACAGAAACCCCCAAAGUUCUGAAAAAGCAAGACAGCACAAGGGAAGAUGUUUGUCCAUGGGAGACUGAAGACACUAAGGCUGCCAAAAAGAAUGAUAGCAUUAAAGAAAAUGUUUGUCCAUGGGAGACUGAAGAACCAAAAAUUCUCCAAAAACAAGAUAGUGCUCUGGCAAAUGUUUGUCCGUGGGAGACUGAAGACACUAUGGCUGCCAAAAAGAACGAUAGCAUUAAAGAAAAUGUUUGUCCGUGGGAGACUGAAGAACCAAAAGUUCUCCAAAAACAAGAUAGUGCUCUGGCAAAUGUUUGUCCGUGGGAGACUGAAGACACUAUGGCUGCCAAAAAGAACGAUAGCAUUAAAGAAAAUAUUUGUCCGUGGGAGACUGAAGAACCAAAAGUUCUCCAAAAACAAGAUAGUGCUCUGGCAAAUGUUUGUCCAUGGGAAACUGAUGAAACCGUCCAAAAGAAAAGUAGCACUGGAGCAGGUGAAGACAAAAAUGAUAUUCCCAACAGUGACAAGGAUGUCAUAGAAAGUCAGAGCUGCCUUAGUGUCGAAGAGACUCCAGCAGACACAAGCCCUGAGCAAACAGAUGAGUCUAAAGCAAACUUAGCCCUGGGCAGGCGAGAUGCUCUGUGCCCUUGGGAGAUGUUAAGGAGCACAUCUGGCUCAUUCACUGACAAUGCGUCAGAUAUCUUUACAUGGGAGCCUGAGAAUAUUCCAGAGGAAGACGAAGAGGACGAUGCCGAGUGUGCUGCUGAAGCUCUUGUAUUCCCACCUGACCUAUAGCUUUAUACUUUUGUAGCUACUGUAGGCUCAGCUAUAGAAGAGCUUCCCUGCAGCUGGCAAAGGCAAAAUUUCUUUCUGAUGGAUCAUUAAACAAUAAUUAAAGAGCAGACUUAAUUAAUGAAAUUUGACAAACAGCCGGGCCACGCCCACAUGUCUAAAAACCUGGAAGGCUAGACUUGGCUGGACACUCCACAACACAAGUUGUGCAGACCUGACUGAAAAUACAUUUUGUAAUGCACGUAUAGGAGAUUUAUGUACCCCAUAUAUUUAACACAAAAAAGUUUUUUUUUUAGAAGGGCAUGUAAAGCAAUUAGCUGAAGUCCAAUGUCUUUGUUUCUGUCCCCCAUAUUAAAUGCAAAUGAUUUUGUGCGUCUUUGAGUGACAUCACUCAAUUUUGCCAUGAGAUCAGUAUAUUGAUGGCUGAGCUAAAAUUAUUACAAAAGCUGAAGUUAAGUCAGCACUACUCUAAAACAAAAGUACAACAGAGGGUGUCUACACAUAAGAGACUUUGGAAUACUCCUGCCCCGUAUAAAGAUACACCAGACAACUCAAAAUUCCUUAAAAAAAUCAUUUGUUCAAACUAAAAUAAAAUACAAACUGUCAAGCAGGAAUACAAUGGACACAGUUACAUUUCAAACAUAUUGAUAAAACUAUGCAUACUUUUUUGUUUGGGGGACUCAUUUCCUGACUAAAUACUAGUGUUUACUAUUAAAGUGGACCGACUAUGCUUUUAUUUUCUGUCAUGCUCACUGCCACAGUGGUAGCUGCUCAUAUUUGAACACAAAGUUUUUAAUGGUGUGUGUGAAAAUUAUUCUGUGAGUCAAUAGCUUGGUUUCAGACAGUUCUAUCUACUGUGCUCAUUAUUUGAUAUAAUUGACAGGGAAUAUCCCUAAUGUGGUCACCUCAGGCACCCACCAACUGUUUAUACCUUCUGUUGUUGAGGAGCAACUAAUCAAAAGGAAGAUGGUCUAAAAAGAUAGGAAAUAAAGAUAAAAUGGCUUGUUUCACACGGUGAAUGAACUUAAUCUGAACUCCGAGUCAAACUCCAGUCCAAGAAAAACAUAUGAAAAACAUAGCAAUCACCACAGAGCUGUUGUGUAAUCACCUUUUGAAAACACUGCAGCUAUUUGAUAAGGCUGAUUACUUUUUUAAGCACAAAUGACUUAAGCCAAAAGUGGUUUGCACCACAGUAGUACAUAUUCCUUGGUUGUUUAACAGAUCUUCACAAUAUUUUUUCUUUAAAGACAACAUCUUAUGAUUAUCAGAUGGUCAUCAUUAGCUAAUCACUUCUUUACAUCAAACAAUGCUUUUAAUCUCAGUGUGUGACAUUAGUGAAUGUUACUUUACGUUCUGAAUCACUUCUCACAGAUUUCAGAGUCAGCUUCCAAGUUAAAAAAUAGUAAUAUGUGGUCAAUUCUGGACUUUAAAUAUCAGCAGUUGUCAGUUAAGAUGUAAUUUAGCUGCAUGUCCAUGCCAGCAAAUAUUGUUUGAAAUUCAUUGAUGGUUAUCAUCAGACUUUCUGCUGCUACAGUGUCAUACAGCGAUUUUAUUGUUAAACUCCAACUGUUGGCUCCAAGUCUUCUUUUUGUCAGUGGACUGACCUAGUUUUGUAAGCAAUGUUUGUGUUUUUGUUUUUUUUUUUUAAUGAGUGUACUGUAAAUUGUUGGCUAUAUAUAUAUAUAUAUAUGUAUAUAUAUAUAUAUAAAACACAUCUUAAUUUGUGCUUACAGUAAUUUGUGCAAAGAAAACCAGGUGAGACACUUUCUCAUAUUUCCUGAGUAUAUCCAUCGCAGAAAUAAAUUACUCAAUUUCUGUACAUCUGACCAUUUUAUUUCUUACAUGUGCACAAUAAAUUUAAUAAAACAAUGAUUUUGAGACAAAACCAUCAUGAAAAGAAGGUUUUAUUGGCUUUCUGUGCAGCAGUAUCUAAAAUUCACCUGCUGCUUCCAGUGCCUCAACAACCAAAGUCAUUUUACAAACAGAAACGAGCCUCACAGGGAAGCCUGGUUUCCUGCCAAAGUGGACAAAUUAUAACCAGCCACAGCCAACUUUUAAACAACAUUUGGCCCAUGAAUAACACAGUCCACCUGUGGUUUGAUGAAAGGUGCACCGCCCCCUGGUGGCUCAUUUAUACCACUGUACUGCCUCUGGUUUAGGAACUUCAUAGUUGAGGGCAUCAAA